AUGUUCGGCUCCAAUAACCUGGCUGCGACCACACCAUCCUCAUUCUUAAGCAGUCAGUCUGUCUACGGACAUAUUGAUAGCCUCGUUCCCAACACUGCAGGCCAUAGCAUCGACUUACCACAGUCGCUGCUGCUACCUGUGAAUCAACACAAGCACGCAACAACACAUAAUGAUACAAAUCCCAGAUUGGCAAACCGAAAUAAGGCCCACAACUCUCGUCAUUCUCCGAAUGCAAUAAUGCCCGUUUCGUUUGGCAAUCAUGUUUCCCGCUGA